GAGAGCGAGAUAAAACUCUUUUAGGAGGGAGUCAGAUUGAUAUAUUCACUUCUGUAUCUACACGGCUCUUUUGUGUUUUUGUGUGUGUGUGCGCGCGUGGGUGCAGGCUCUUAAGUUAUUCCUACAUAUUAUCAGCGUGUGUUUAUAUGCAUUAAGAAUGCCAUCUGGAGAAAUCUUUAAGUGCCGUGUCUUUAGUGAAAUUCGUAGUCAAAUUUGAAGAUCCACAGGACUCUUCAUCUUGUCGGCAUUUUUGAAGGAUAUAUUUUUUUCUUUUUUUUUGAAAGUUAACAUCUGAAGUGAUGGGUUUAUCUCAGCGGCGAUUACCUCUCGGCUUCCUACACUCGCCAUGGCCAGUGAUAGACACAAGUUUGCCGAGGGUCAAUAACAUAAAAGUAUCCUAAGGUUUACGGUUCAAAUCCUUCGGGAUCCAAGAUGUCAUUGUGAAUUUGCCUGAAGAUUCGAAAUACACCUGGCAAGGUUCACUGCGCAGCCUGCCACGUAUCUCUAGGUUCUGCCUUAGUCGUGGUGACGUCCAUUAUUCAGACAUGUAUUCAAAUCAUCCAGCUUACUCUACGCCCUUCUCUGUAAAGGACAUCCUCAGCUGGACUGAGCAGUCGGAGUAUGCCGGACUCGGCGGAUAUAUGCCGGCCCCGGGCUACCCUUCGGACUACAGCCCCAGGUCUUACGACCCGAUCUCAUCGCUCCCCAGCAACCCCGCCUGCCUGUACGGCAACGGCACCCCGACGUACACCAACAUCUCGUACCCAGUCUCGUCCCACGCCUCCAACAUGAUGGGCGCCGGCUCGGUUGGCCACAUGGGCGUGCACUGCAUGAAGCCCUCAGACUAUGAUGUCAUGUCCAGCGGCAUGUCUUUGCCCAUGAAGGCCGACUACGAGGGCCACGUGCAGGACAACAUGUCCCUGCCCAUCAAGCAAGAGUACGAGAGUCAUGUGACGGACAUCUCCAGUCCAGUGUCGGCUAUGAGUGACCAGAUGUACUUAGAGGAUGAAGGGAAGGACAAAGGUAAACUAACUUGCACUCAGCUUUCUUCCCUUCAAAAUGGUUCCGGCCACCAUCGUCAACAACAACAGCAGCAUACCACUCCACAACAGACUCCCGGAACAUCCUCCAACCACCACGCACACAAAACCUCACAGCAGCCUCACUACUCCAACACGCCGUCAUUUUUGGACGAGCCCCCAGUCCCGACAUCCAGCGAGAAAGACAAAGGAAAGAGCUCCUCGUCCAACUGCUCACCUCUGACCUCCAGCUCAUCCACACCCGGUUCCUCCAGCAACGAUAACGCCAGCAGUGACUGUACUUUGCUGAAGCAGCGACAGAAGAGAAAACCCCGAGUUCUGUUCUCCCAGGCGCAGGUCUACGAGCUGGAACGACGGUUCAAGCAGCAGAGGUAUCUCUCCGCCCCGGAGCGCGAGCAGAUGGCCGUCCUUCUAAAGCUCACCUCCACGCAGAUAAAAAUCUGGUUCCAGAACCGCAGAUACAAGUGCAAGCGCCAACGCCAGGAUAAAUCGUUGGAGCUCCAAGCCAUGCAGACCCCUCGGAGAGUGGCAGUGCCCGUUUUGGUCCUGGACGGGAAGCCUUGCAUGGGGCCACCACCAACCUCCUAUCCGGCUCCUUACAACGUCAACCCGUUCGCUUACAGCACAUCCCAAAGUGGAUACUGCAAUAGCGGCAAUGUCAACAGUCACAUGUCUCAGCCAAGUCAGAUGUCGCAACAAGGAUACAUUCAACAGCAGCUACACCAAAGCACCAGGGCAUGGUAAAAGAACAUUUCUCAAAGACCUUAGGAGCUUUUAGUGAACGCUGUAAUCAGAUAAGAGACACCUUACAAUCCACAGUGACUGUUUUCUAGACUUGACAGGCAGAUCUAACAGUCCAGCCCAUACAUCAGUCACAGUUAUGGACACAAACGCAUUUCAGUACAAUGACAAUGGAAGUAUGUGAAUUGUUCACUACACAUAUAAACGUAAUGUUAUUAAAUGCUUUAUCCGUCUCACUUCUGAAAAACUGCAAGUUUCUUCUUGCAGGCACUUAACCAUGUGUACCACUAGUCCAACUUUCUUUCGUUUCAAUCAAAACUCGUUUUUUGUUUGUUUUAAAUAACGUCAUUUUUUUUUUUGCUUUUCAUCGUUUGUUCUUCAAAUACAAAUUGUAGAGAUGCUGGAUCUUGAUGGACUUCAAACAUUUAGAUUUGCUGUGUAACGUACGUGUCCUUCGAGGCUAGACUCAGCUCAGAUCAGUAAAUCCACAUGAACCCUCAGCAUUACAUAGCUUUAACACCUGAUUAUUCAAAACGGUGCCUUAAAAACGCAAGGAACUAACAGUCAAAUGUUGACUGACUCUUUAAAAUUGUACAAAAUAAAAAAAAUAUGGACAUGAAGCUUUAUAUUGUACAUUGAAAGUUGUUUUAAAUUUCGUUUGUUUUAAACCUGUGCAUUUCAUGACCAGAGCCUUCACUUUUGAUGUCGACUGUCUACACAAUUCUGUGCCUUAAUGUAGACCUGCCUUAGUUUACCAUUUACCAUUGGAUGCAAAGAUUUAUCUCUAAACCCAACAACUCUGAAACUAGUUGUUUUCAGGACAUACCUCUUUGACGUUAAUUGUAUAGCAGCUUUUCAUAAUAAACAGAUUUCGAUGCUUUUUCCUGAAAGGAGAAAACAAAACUUGAAUUCUGGUGGAAAAUACCCAGCGUUGGAAGGACGAUGCACAAUGUUUAUUUCUGAAAUGCUCACACACACGCACACACAAACUAUGUACUCACUCCCUCUCUCUUUCUCUCUUUCACUCUGUCUCCCAUAUCCGUUCCUCUUUCGUUCUAGACAACCAUACACUCUGACAUACACAUUAUGUUGACUAAUUUAUUAAGUGUGUAGAUAUUAUCAGUGCUACCAUGACACGUAAUGAAGUUUUGUGAGUGAGUGUGUGUGUGUGUGUGUGUGUGUCUAUCCUCCACCGACUGUUACAGAGUCAAAUUGCGCUGGUCAAAGCUUGGUUUGCACGACAACUUGAGAGAGUGGUUCUCACAUCUGUGAGCAAUGUUUUGACCUCCAAGACUUCUGUGUGAUACUUUCGUAAUUCGUUGACAUUAUUGUAUGACGUUUGUCAUAUAUGACGUGUGUGACAUUUGCCAUACAUGACAUGUGUGGAAUUUCUCGACAUAUGAUAUGUUUGACAUUAGUCAUACAUGACAUUGUGACAUUUAUCAUACAUGACAUGUGUGACAAUUCUCGUAAAGACAUGUGUGACAUUUCUCAUAUAUGACAUGUGUGACGUUUUCGUAAUGACUGUUGACAUUUCUCAUACUCAUGUAUACUUGUGCUGUUUAAAUGACACAAUAGGUCUGUCUAUAUGUACAAUUAAAAAAAAAACGUUUAAUGAAAUAUAUUUUAUAUUCAACUGAUAUUAUAAAUAAAUGUGCAUUUCUACUAUAAAUAGUA